UGCCAGGUGCCGAACGGCGGAAGGGAUGUCCAACCAAAUGGUGCUCAUCCGUCGUUGCGGUGCGGACUUUUUGAAUUGCAACUGCUCAGUUUGUGGUCAAGAUGAGUAUGUGAGUGCCCCGGUCGUGUAAUUUGUUCCCGCCUGGAUUGAUUUUGUUUUCAUUAUCUGGUGAUAAAUUUAUUUUUGAUAUGCGUGAUAUUUCACCUAUGUUAGCAAGUGGUCGAAAGAAACAUUCGAAGCAAAAAUCGAUGGCACCACCUGACGUGACUUUCAUCUUUGCCGAGGAUGUCGUGGAGUGGGAUUCCUACCUGUCUCGUCAGUUCGAAGGCAGCGGGACUGUCAUCCAUCACGAGCAGGUGGAGAAGAUGGUUUUUCCGCUGCCGUGCACAAAGGCUCACGUUUUCAGUGACGCCCGUGUUGUACUGGUGAUACUAUCGCCCGCCCUGGUCGCUUUCCUGGACAGGCAAGCAGCGGAUUGCUUCCAAUUCACCAAAUUGCUGAAACCGAGCAAGACGAUAGCCAUGGUCUGUGGGGCUUCGCAAGCUAAUAUCGCAGGAGUCAAAAAUGUUUUAGUUUCCUACGACGACUGGCGCCAUCUAGAGGCCAAAGAUAAAGACAUAAAUAUGGUGCGUAACGUCAUCGAAAUGAUCCACGAGACACUCGCUCAAUCGAAGGAAAGCGAAAGAAUAACAAAACCAAAAUUUAAAUUGGUGCCAAGGAAAGUGCACGAGGGAAAUGGAAAAGUUUAUGUGAUGCUUGCAAAACCUUUGGAUCCCAAUGCAAGAAUAAAAAUUACAUUAGAAGCUAAAGGUGCCAGAGAAGUUCCUGUGAAAAAAAGAAAUCCAUACACCCUUGUAUUUGUCAUUCCAGAUGAUUGCAUUCAUGUGCAGAAUAUGGUGAAUGUUCAUAUCUGGUGUGGCGAAGAUUUGUUAGGUGUUAGUUCAGUGAAAUGUGCCUCAAAACUUGGAGAGCUCUACUCAUUGUUGUCUUCUGUUCCAUCUCCUUAUGAAUUUUUGUGCAGUACCCUUGGUGUUGGAUCUUUGCAUGAAGUGGAUUUUCAAUUAGCAUCCAUUUUCAGGAAGAACUUGCCUAAAUCUGGAUUUAACUUACUUGAACAAAAUGAAAAACUAGACAAAUCAGCAAGCAAAGAGGAAUUUCCUACAUUGCUGCAUUUUGCAGCACGUUAUGGUCUUUUCCAUUUGGUUAAAGAAUUGUUAGACUCUCCAGGUGCAAAGACUGCAACUGCAUUGAAAAAUUAUAGAGGACUGACACCUGCACAAAUGGCUAACCAUGAAGGUCACAACAAGGUUGCUGCUCUUUUGGAUGACUUCUUAAGAGUUCCUGUGCAAUACAAAUUUGAGUUAGAAAAGCCAGUUCCAUGUAACCAAAUUUUUGAAGCUGAAUCGAAGAAAAGUAAUCCUAUUGAUUACUAUGACAUUCCAGCUCAACCGAUUCCUGUGCUGCAUUUGCCAGCUAAUCAUGUGGUUGGAAAUGCAGCAUAUGAAAGAGAAUCUGAUUACAUGAAAAUGAAAGGUGCUCAGAAAGAAAACAUUGAGCCAUGUCAGAAUGUUUUUUUAGAUGAGCAUUUGGAUAGUAUGAAAACUGUGAACAGUCCAGAAAAAGCAAAGCUAAGUCUGUUAGAAAGUCAAGCUAAAUUAAUUGAAAUAAUGGAGGCUUAUAAAAAAGGAGCAUCCUUAACAGAUGUCGAAAGAAUGCAUAAUGAAUGGAAGCAAUAUUAUGAAGUGUCUGAUUUGGAAGCUAAGAGUACUUUAGAUGGUUUAAGGAAUCUCUAUGCUAAAGCUCAGAAAGCAAAGCUCAACAAGAAACAUUCAUCUAGUUUUUCUGAACUUAGACAAUUUUUAAAUUCUAAACUCAGAAGAAAAGAGAGUAUUGAUUCCAAGGGCAGCAUGAGCAGAAGAAGUUCAAAAGAUUCCAAUUGUUCAGAAAAAAUUAAUGCUGAAUCAGAUCCUGUAAGACCUGUCAGUACUUUAAGUGUGCUUUCAAAUACUAGCAGCUCAAGUGGUUCAUCAUUUGAUAGACUGAGUACUGUAAGUGCAGGUUCGGAUAGCGGCCAUCAUUCUGAUUUUGGUGAUGACAGAAACAACAAAUUUAAAGAAAAAUUUGAAUCUCGUUACCAACAGCAGAAACCUCCAAAUGGAUUGAGUAAUUCUUCCAAUUUACAUAAAACCAUGCAAAGCCUGACACUGAAUAGUAAGCCUCCUGCCCCACCGCCUCGGCCAGUAAAAUCCCCUGUUCAUCAUCGAAGCUUAGAAGAUUGCAAGCAACCUGAAAUUCCCCAAUAUGCAGUUUCCAGGAAAAUGAAAAUGCCUUCUUUUGAGGAAACUCUUAAAAUGAUGGAUUAUUCCAUUCCUAACUCCAAAAGUUCGACUCUUACUAACGACUUCCGAUCUGAUAGAAAAGGAUCUGUAUCUAGUUCAGAUUUCUGUUCCUUUGAUGAUCCUUGUGCAGACUAUGAUCGUCCACCUCCUCCAAGACCUAGCAAUUCUGCAAAAACUCCAACAAAAGACUUUUUCCUGAAACCUACAGCAUUUCCAUUUAAUGAUCCUAGAACAGACUAUGACCUUGUUCCUCCUCCCCUUCCAUUAUCAGCCCCACCACAGAAGCAAGACUCAACCUUUUGUGAGGAAGACCAAUCCUAUGACAUUCCGCCAUCCAUACCUCAUCCAGUGCAACAACGAUCUAAUAGUGUAUCUUCUGACUAUGAUUUUCCAAAGACUAUACUCAUGGAUAAUACAGAUUCCUUACCUGCUUGUACAUGUCAGGUGGCUUCCAAUAAAAACAAUUUCGGUUCUGUGAAAAGUUGCUGUGUUGGCAAUAAACUGUCAUCUCUGAAAAACAUAGACAACUUACCAUCGGUGCCAAACUUUGAUCUUACUUCCUGCAAAGAAAAGAAAAAUAAUAUAGCCAAUGAAGUUCGUGCAAUUCACAAUCAGUAUUCCAACAUUUUCUUGAGCUUGCCCAAAGACAAUAAUGGAUGUGAAGAUGACGUGCCAGAUGAAAUGGCACCACCACCACCAAUCAUUGAAGAAGAAUCUCCUGAAGAACAUUACAAAAUGGUUGGUGCUCCAAUUCCUGUACCUGGUGUUUAUAAAUUUUCAUAAAUUAUUUUUAAAAAUUCAUAUGCAUAUACCAAAGAAGUUAUUUACUAGAGCUUAUCAUAGUUUAUGCAUUUGUCUUUUGUCUGUCUAUAUGUUAUCAUUCAGUUACAGAAAUAUUAUCAAAGCCUUCAGAAUUUUGUAUAUUUUAUGAAACUGAACAAUCCUACAAUGAUAUGAACAUCUCUUAAUUUGCUUCGUUUUUAAAUGAAAAUAAUUUUUUAAUGUGCCUUAAGACCUUAAUGUGCCUUAGUGUUAUUUCUGUAUUCUCAAUUAUGUUUGUAGAAAACCAAUUCGCUUUGCUUUUCUGUAAAUGAAAACAGAAUGAAGGUUUAUUGCACUUAGUUUAUGUUAAUCAAGAACAUCCUUAUUAGUGUCAGAUUUCUUGUUUUAUUAUGUUUGAAUCAAUAGAUAAUAAUUGUUUGCUAUUGAUUUUAGACAUGCUAAUAACCAGGUUUUAAGACAAACUUGCAUUUUAAGCAGGUCUAAAAAUCUUGUUUGUUCUUUUUAUUCAGAGAAAUUGAAAGUGCAGUGAAAUUUUUGCUUCUAUUAGGAUAUUAUGUUAAAUGUUUAUUUGAUCUCAUUAGUUAAUUAAUUUGUUUUGUUAUUUUCAAGUUACAGCAGUUACAAUUUUGUGGAUUUUGCAUUUUUUUAGCUGUGCUUGGUAGUGUAUAGAAGAUUAUACUUUUCUGUGAAAAGUGUCGUUUAAAAUGUUUAUUUGAACUUAUUUUCUUAAAUACUAGUACUAGUGAUUUUCAUUCAUUUUACUUGAUGCAACUACUGUAUCAAAAUUUUCCUUUUACCCUAACUUUAAUGAAA